AUGCCUCCACCGCCAGUUACUCUCCCUGGCAUGAUGUUUACGUCCGGCGCAAGCAUGGGUCCCACUGGCUAUACCACUACUUCUGCGGGAGCAGGUAGCCGGGCAGACCGUGCGAUUGUCAUCGAUGAUGACGACGAUGUUGUUGAUGUGAUGCAGAUUGAUGCAUCCUCCUCGAGGCCUGGAGGAGGAUACAAUCUCUCUGAACGGCAGCAGCGGCUUUCUGCAAGCUAUGCCGCCGCGAUGGCCCAGGAGAAGAAAGUGAGGAGCAAACUCCGUGAGGAGAGACAUACAGCACAGUGCGUGCUCAUGGACCGGGAGCUUCUGAUGGUCCAUGCUUUGGCUGCACAUGAGACCAUCCCCCAAACCCGUCGACGCUUUCUCGCCCAGCUCAUCGCCCCCGACAAUCCCGCCGUCGCCGCAUCCAUCCGCGCUGACCGCCGUCUCGCCAUCCCUACCACCAGCGGCCCCUCCUCCUCGUCAUCAUUGUCAUCGUCAACCGUCCCCAUUAUUCCCCAGCCGAUAGUCGACGUCUACGAAGACGACGACGCGGGCUGGCGCCGCCCUCCCGGUUCGCCACCAGGAGGAGGAGGAGGAGGAGGAUCAUCAGGCCGGUCCUCAUCAAAGGGCAAAGGAAAAGGCAAGGGCAAAACGCCCGAGCGGAACCGCGAGCGUAGUAGUGCUAUUAGUGCCAAAGGCAGCAGGGAGAGGUGUGGGGACCACCAACAGCAGCAGCAGCAGCAGCGACAUCUCGAGCGCGAACGCCGACGACGAUGGAGCGGCGGCGGGCGGGAUCAUCGACACGAGCACGAGCAUAUCAAUCUGGAAUCGUCGGAUGUGGAUGUGGAUGUGGAUAUGGAUAUGACGGGAACGGGUACAGGAACGGGAACGGAUACCUAG